AUGCAAUUGUACACAGAAAAGAAUUCUGAUGGUACCAAAUAUUUACGAUUAAAAGGCAAUGAAUUACGGGACAUUAUCAAAAGACGUCUAGAAGAUUAUGAUGUACCAAUUAUUUGUGAAUACAUCAAAACUACUCCGACAAUUGUAAAAUUAGAUUUAGCAUACAAUUCAAUUGGUGAUAAAGGCUUUAUAGAAAUUGUUUAUAGAGUUUUAAAUAAAUUACACAAUUUACAAUAUUUAAAUGUUAUGCAUAAUGAUAUUACAGAAAAAGGUAUACAAGCGAUCGCCACAUUGGGACAGAAUUUGAAAUUAAAAACACUGAGAUUAGUUGGAAACAAAAUCGGUUCAGAGGGAGGAAAAUUAAUAGGAUUAUUAUUGGCCACAAAUCCUAUAUUAGAACAUUUGGAUUUAGCUGAAACUGAUCAAACAUUAUCAAGUUUAGCAUUUAUAACGACAUCGUUACGUGAGGAUCGUGGAUUUAAUAAAAAUAUUAAAGUUUUAGAUAUUUCACGAAUAAUACCAAGCUUUAUACGUUCACAAUAUCAGUCUGGUCAUUUAGCUGAAACCAUUGGUGAUAUGUUAAAAUUUAAUACAACCUUAGUUGAAUUACAUCUCCAAAAAUGUGAAUUAGAUGGCCAUGAUAUUGAAUUAAUGCUAAUUGGAAUGAAACAUAAUAUCACAUUAAAAUUUCUGGAUUUGGGAUAUAAUCGUUUUAGUAAUAUGGGAAUGGAAUUGUUAGCAAAUUAUUUACCAUCAUCUGGUUUAAUUGCAUUGAAUAUAGCUGGAAAUUCGAUUGGUAAUAUAGGAGCACGUGCUCUAAGUGCAGCUUUACCAUUUACGAAAAUUCGUUUGCUAGACAUUUCAUCGAAUCGAAUUCAACAAAAAGGCGUUCAUGUAAUUUUAAAUUCAAUCCGUAAACCACACAAAUUAAAAUUCUUCAGUUUAUGGGGUAAUGAAAUGACUGAUUUAACAAAUGAAACUUUAUAUCGAAUUUACAACGAAAAUAUUAUCGAUCCAAAAUAUUGUGAUGUACACGUUUAUAUUGUUGAUGGUAAAUAUUAUGCGGCACGAAAUACCCACUGUUUGUAUAAACAUCAAUUUUAUUGUGAAUUGGAUUAUGGUUUUGCUCAACCUAAACGAUAG